GGCAGAGGACUAGGUUAUCACAUCAACAUCAAACAUGUUGAAGAAAACAGUUGUUGUAAUAUUAAUGGUGAUAUUGGUUUUGAUGCUCUCAGGACGAGCAACCCCAAGAAUUGACGAGUGUUACGCUAAAUGUUACUUUGAAUGUAUUCUAGAUAUGAAACGCCUGAUUCCACAUGUUCCUAAGAAAUUCUUGCCGUGUGCCUGGAAAUGUGUCAAACAUUGCAUUUUCCAUCCUGCUUCUGCUAAUCUUUUUUACUAUCAAAUCGGCUGUGCUAUUGAUUCUUGCUUCGACGAUAUCGAUGAUGCAGCAAAAAUGGGUGCUUGUGUGGAUACUUGUGGCCGGCGACAGUUGCGGCAAGAACAAGCUUGAAUGAAGAGAUCAGGCAAAGAAGAUUAAGUUCAAUAAACAAGUCAAUAUGACACCUUGUUAUUUCCAUAUC